UCACUAAUCCAAACAUAGAGUAGUCUGCACCGCCCUGUUUGGAAAGUAGAGGCAGUGAGGACGCAGUGAACUUCUCACCACAAUCCCAGUACAACCCCUGUCUCCAAUCAGUUCUCUCUCAGUUCCCCUAAAUGGGAACACAGUAUCUGAACAGAGUCUACAGAAAGCUCCUUCUGUGCCAUAAGGGAAACUGGGCAGGUGUGAAGCAGUGCUUAUAAACCCAGAUUAAUUUGGGGGAUCUGCGAUAAACCCCCACCCCCAGCUCAGUAAGAAGCUACUAGCGACAAGCAUUUAUUAAGCAGGUUAAAAUCACCCUGAACCUUGGACUGAUGCUGACGUAGAGUCGACUGUUUGACCAUGGUGAGUGUUUGGGAUGUAGUGUUGAUACUGGGUUGCGUUUGGCUCCCCUCCUGCUUGUGUCAGACUGUCACUCCACAAGCUGGCAAACUCAAGUUCCGUCUUGCUGGCUACCCUCGCAAGCACAAUGAGGGCCGGGUGGAGAUCUUCUAUAACAGCGAGUGGGGCACAAUCUGUGAUGAUGACUUCACUCUGACUAAUGCCCAUGUGCUCUGUCGCCAUCUAGGAUUUGUGAAUGCUAUCAGUUGGUCACAUAGUGCCAAGUAUGGAGCGGGCACAGGUAAGAUUUGGCUGGAUAAUGUAAUAUGUAGAGGCUCUGAAAGCAGCAUUGAGGAUUGUGUGUCUCGUGGAUGGGGCAACAGUGACUGCACUCAUGAGGAGGAUGCAGGGAUCGUCUGUAAAAAUGAGAGGCUACCUGGGUUUUUGGAGGACAACAUUAUUGAGAUGCAGGUGGAUGUGAACAGGUUGAAAAAGAUCCGCUUGCAUCCUGUCAGUGCCCAGUUGCCUACUACUGAAGGUGUGGUGGAGGUGAAGUAUAAAAAAGGCUGGGUUCACAUCUGCAACAUCGGCUGGACCACUGAAAACUCCCGUGUGGUCUGUGGUAUGAUGGGGUUUCCCUCAGGCAAGACCAUGGCAAACAGGACACACAGUCACAACAGUGUGUAUAGGAUUCACUCUGUGGCCUGCAGUGGCAAUGAACCUCAUCUCUCUGCCUGUAUCAUGGAGUUCAGUAAGAACACUAGCUCCCCUUGUCCUGCUGGAGGCCCUGCUGCAGUCAGCUGUAUGCCUGGAUCCCAGUUCACUCAAGGUCAUGGACAUAAGCAUAAGCAAAACCGUACGGCUAAGGUGCGUCUAAAGGGUGGUGCGAGGACAGGGGAAGGCCGGGUGGAGGUGCUGAAGGGCUCUGUGUGGGGUAGUGUGUGCGAUGACCACUGGAGCUUGCAGUCGGCUAGCGUGGUAUGCAGAGAAUUGGGAUUCGGUACUGCUAAAGAGGCUCUGACUGAUGCACGCAUGGGCCAAGGCACAGGACACAUCUACAUGAAUGAAGUACGGUGCCUUGGCGAUGAGAAGAGUUUGUGGGAUUGCCCUCAUAGCAACAUCACCACUAAGAAGUGCAAACAUACGGAGGAUGCCUCAGUCAAGUGCAACGUCCCUUACAUGGGCUUUGAAAAAAGGAUCCGUCUGACUGGAGGCCGUACCCAGUUGGAGGGUCGGGUGGAGAUUCUGGCCACUAAUGCUGAUGUUUUAGGGGAGUGGGGCCUGAUCUGUGGGGAUGACUGGACAUCUCGAGAGGCCAUGGUGGCAUGCAGGCAGCUGGGACUGGGACAUGCUAGCAGCGGCAUCAGAGAAACCUGGUACUGGGACAGCAGUAACGUGACUGAGAUGGUGAUGAGUGGAGUGAAGUGUCGUGGAGAUGAGAUGACUAUAACUGAGUGUGAGCACCAUAGUGUGGUCAGCUGUAAGAGGGCAGGAGCUGCAUUUGCUGCUGGAGUUAUUUGCACAGACACGGCACCAGACCUAGUUCUGAAUGCCCCUCUGGUGGAGUACAGUGUCUACAUAGAAGACCGGCCACUGCAUUUGCUCUAUUGUGCAGCAGAGGAAAACUGUCUCUCGAAAUCUGCAGUCAACGCCAACUGGCCAUACGGACAGAGGCGUCUACUUCGCUUCUCCUCAGAGAUCCACAAUGUUGGCCAGGCCGACUUCCGUCCCCGUUUAAGUCGUCAUUCCUGGGUGUGGCACGAGUGCCACAGACACUAUCACAGCAUGGAUAUCUUUACCAACUAUGACCUGCUGGAUCUCAAUGACACAAAAGUGGCAGAGGGUCACAAAGCCAGCUUCUGCCUCGAGGACACAGAGUGCAAUGAAGGUGUUUCAAAACAAUAUGAGUGUGCCAACUUUGGUGAGCAGGGCAUCACGGUUGGCUGCUGGGACACGUACAGACAUGAUAUAGACUGCCAGUGGAUUGAUAUCACUGAUGUUAAACCUGGAAACUACAUACUGCAGGUUAUACUAAACCCCAAUUUUGAGGUAGCAGAAAGUGACUUUACCAAUAAUGCUAUGCGCUGCAAUUGUAAAUAUGAUGGCCAUCGAAUCUGGCUGCAUAAAUGCCACUUAGGUGAUUCAUACAGUGAAGGAGAGGAGUCUGAACUUUAUCCUGGUCAGCUGAAUAAUCAGAUCUUAUAACACCAAUCGACACCUGGAACUGCUUUAAGCCACCAUGAGAAUAGCUUCAUAAUAUACUCAACUAUUUAUUCUUACUGAAUACUGUUUUAAUAGUGUUCACCAUGUCCUUAUCAGAAAUAUCUUGACCAAUGUCUGAAGUUCUGUGGAUUACCAUGGACAACUCUCCAGCGAACAAAGCGACAUGGGAGCUAGUGCGGUUGCAGCCAUUCCAGCCCAAGACGAGUUCAGUUCAAACCUCUUUUUGCCCAAGAGAAAAGAAGCAUUUAGACAAUUUAAAACAUUUUAAAGAGAAAAUGUUCAUAAUUACAUUUAUAAAAUGUUGAGCAUAUUUUUCAAAAA